AAUCCCUGAGUUGACCCAGAAAAUAGGCAGUCGUUUCAAGAUCUGAUGCGGCAGUCUUUGUGCACACCGUCCCCGCUUGGGCAUGAAGCGUAACCCUGUGGAAUACAUACUGUAAUUUAGAGGAGAUUCGCCUUGCAGAGGAAAACUGUUUUUAAAAGACCGAGCGGAAGCAAAGUCGCGCAACUUUGUGAAAACGGUCGCGGAUACGGACAGGAGGCAUGGCAGACCAUCUGAUGAUGCCCAUGAAUCACAGCUCAGCGGGCGCCAGUCUCCACGGUUACAGGAUGGGCAUGAAUGGCGGCCUGCAGGCAGGUCACCAGCAGCAUGCCAACCAGCAGGGCAUGCGGGCGCUGCCCAAUGGCCAGAUGAUGCACUACGGUGGCGCCCAGGCCAACAUGGAGACUGCCAUGCGGCAGCGGCAGGGCAUGGUGGGUGGACCCAUGAAUGGACAGCUGAACGGGGCCCAGAUGGGUCAUCACCAGAUGACCUCUGGUAACAUGAUGUAUAAUAGUCAGCCCCAGCAGCAACAUCAUCCUCAGCAGCAGCAUCACAUGCAUCCGCAGCAGCACCAGCACCAGCACCAGCAACAAGUCCAGCAGCAGCAGCAGCAGCAGCAGCAGCAGCAACAACAACAACAACAACAACAACAGUUCAUGAACGGAGGGUUAACAUCCCAGCAACUCAUGGCCAGCAUGCAGCUUCAGAAACUCAACACCCAGUACCAUGGGCACCCACUGGGGCCUAUGGGUGGGAAUCACAUGGGGCCCACGACCCAGUACCGUAUGAACCCAGCCCAGCUGGCUAACAUGCAGCACAUGGCUGGGCCGGCCCUGGCCCUGAACGGCAUGGAUGCAGAUAUGAUUGACGAGGAGGUCCUGACCUCACUGGUCAUGGAGUUGGGCUUGGAUCGGGUCCAGGAGCUGCCAGAACUCUUCCUGGGCCAGAAUGAGUUUGACUUCAUCUCAGACUUUGUCAGCAAACAGCAGCCCAGCACUGUUAGUUGCUGAGAGGACCUGAUUUGCAAAGAGGCACAAAUGGAGACAGAAGAGUGGGAAUUGUCCAGGAGGGAUGAAGAGUGCUCAUCUUUUCACUUUUUAUUUAGUGAGCACCUCCCUGUUCAACUAUAAGCCAGGUGUGGCGCAGGAUGCACGGAAGAGAACUCUGGAUAUCCACAGAGAACAGACAGUUCUCGAGUCUCACAUGUGUUAAUGGCCAGAGGGUGGCUGGCUUUAAGGCCUAGUGCCACAUCUCCCAUUUCCUGAACAUGAAUGUAAUAAAGAAAUUCUUAAAAGCCACUCUGAACAACGCUAUGACACUGUGUAGUUUCCAAGCCUGGACUCCAUGACAGUUUACCAGUAAAAGGUGUAUUUAUUUAUUCCUAUCUGAGAAAACUGAUAUAAAGAACCAUAUUGUCCAUUUUGGGAUCCAAGUGGUUUUAAUGAUCCCCCCCCCAGAGAUUAGGAUGGGGGAGAAAAAUUAAAUUAAAGUUCUCUGCUCAUGAUUUUUUCCCCCCAUUCCUUUUGGCCUAGUAUUAAAAAUAAGCUGAGAUGACAGGGUCAUCUAAAAAGCCUGGAUUUUCUAUCACAAAAGUCAGUCAUGACAGUACAAUAUUAUCUCAUUUGAAUGGGAGUCUCAUCUGGAUCUUAAAAAUGGUUCGCUUUUGGUAAAGUGCUGCCUUUUUAGAUGUGAUGUUCUCAAAAAGAAUCUACUGCUUGUACUCUAUGAAGCUGUAUAACUCCAACAUGUCCACAUUGUUGUGAUCUAUUGGAGAUGUAGAACCGCCUUAAUUGCGCAGAAUCUUAUUUAUUGGUUGUUUAUAUUGUCCCCUUUUUUGUGGUCAAGAUGGGGGGAUGGUCUUUGUGAAAGGGGUUUUGAGGAUCAAUAAAGAUGGCCUGGAUAGAAAUGUG